AAACGCAAGCGAGCUGCGCACAGACACCUCCUCCUCCUCCUCCUCAGCUGCUGUCGCCUCCGCCGGCCACACCGCGGUGCCUGUUGCUGCAAGCCACCUCGGACCCGCCGUCUCUUCAACCCGCAAGGGAAGCAGAGACUGUGGAGCGGUCCCCACCCCAACAGCGUAGGGCUGCAAGAGCGCAGCCAGCUGAGGACCAUGGACGCCCCGCCCGCCCAGGCCAUCUUCUGGGUGCCCGGGAGCACCUGCGUGCCCCAGCUCAGACCGGAGUUCUGAGAGCGCCACCUCACUGGAUUCUGCCCUCAGAAGCACGUGAAAUAGAUUACUUCAUUUAAAGUAGGAAAAUAGUAGCACGUUUUCCAGACCUCUCCCAGGAUGGAGGCAAUCACAUUCACAGCGAGGAAGCAUCCGUUCCCUAACGAGGUCUCUGUGGACUUCGGCUUGCAGCUGGUGGGCUCCUUACCUGUGCAUUCUCUCACCACUAUGCCCAUGCUGCCAUGGGUGGUAGCCGAGGUACGAAGACUAAGUGGCCAGUGCUCCAAAAAGGAGCCUGGGACGAAGCAAGUCCGCCUUUGGGUUUCGCCCUCCGGACUGCGGUGCGAACCUGACCUGAAGAAAAGUCAACCGUGGGACCCACUGAUCUGUUCCAGCAUCUUUGAGUGUAAGCCUCAGCGUGUUCACAAACUGAUUCACAACAGUCACGACCCAAGCUACUUUGCUUGUCUCAUUAAGGAGGAUGCUGCCCACCAGCAGAGCCUCUGCUAUGUGUUUAAAGCGGAUGAUCAAACAAAAGUGCCUGAAAUCAUCAGCUCCAUCCGGCAGGCGGGGAAGAUUGCCAGGCAGGAAGAGCUGCGUUGCCCCUCCGAGUUCGACGACACCUUCGCCAAAAAGUUCGAGGUGCUCUUCUGUGGCCGGGUCACUGUGGCCCACAAGAAGGCACCACCUGCACUGAUCGAUGAGUGUAUCGAGAAGUUCAACCACGUGAGCUGUGGUCGCAGAACAGACUGGGAUGCGCCCACGGGGCAGCCAUCAGCACCUGGCGCCCGGCCCAUGCGCAAAUCCUAUUCACAGCCUGGACUGCGCUCGCUGGCCUUCAAGAAGGAGUUCCAGGAUGCCAGCCUUCGCAGUAGCACCUUUAGCUCCUUCGACAGCGACAUCGAGAACCACCUAAUUGGUGGGCACAAUGUGGUUCAGCCCACAGACAUGGAGGAGAACCGAACUAUGCUGUUCACGAUUGGCCAGUCUGAAGUUUACCUCAUCAGUCCUGACACCAAAAAGAUUGCACUGGAGAAAAAUUUUAAGGAGAUAUCCUUUUGCUCUCAGGGCAUCAGGCAUGUGGACCACUUUGGAUUUAUCUGCCGGGAGUGCUCGGGCGGCGGCAGCGGCGGCUUUCAUUUUGUCUGUUACGUGUUCCAGUGCACAAAUGAAGCUCUGGUUGACGAAAUCAUGAUGACCCUGAAGCAGGCUUUCACGGUAGCUGCGGUGCAGCAGACUGCCAAGGCGCCGGCCCAGCUGUGUGAGGGCUGCCCCUUGCAGGGCCUGCACAAGCUCUGUGAGAGGAUAGAGGGAAUGAAUUCAUCUAAAACCAAAUUAGAACUCCAGAAGCACCUGACCACACUGACCAAUCAGGAGCAGGCAACGAUAUUUGAGGAAGUUCAGAAAUUGAGACCAAGAAACGAGCAGCGAGAGAAUGAAUUAAUUAUUUCUUUUCUGAGGUGUUUGUAUGAAGAGAAGCAAAAGGAGCACAGCCACACUGGGGAGCCAAAGCAGACACUGCAGGUGGCAGCAGAGAAUAUUGGGAGUGAACUGCCACCCAGUGCUAGCCGGUUCAGGUUAGAUUCUCUGAAGAACAGAGCAAAGAGGUCCUUAACAGAAUCCUUAGAGAGCAUUCUGUCCCGGGGUAAUAAGGCCCGGGGCCUGCAGGACCAUUCCGCCAGUGUGGAUCUGGACAGUUCCACGUCUAGUACUCUCAGUAACACCAGCAAAGAGCUGUCCAUGGGUGACAAGGAGGCCUUGCCCAUCUCCGAGAGCUCCUUCAAGCUCCUUGGCUCCUCAGAUGACCUGUCCAGUGACUCAGAGAGCCACAUUGCAGAAGAGUCUGCUCUGUUGUCACCCCAGCAGGCAUUCAGAAGGAGAGCCAACACCCUGAGUCAUUUCCCAGUAGACUGCCCUGUGCCUCCAGAACCUGCCCAGAGCUCUCCAGGGGUCUCUCAGAGGAAACUCAUGCGGUAUCACUCCGUGAGCACAGAGACGCCUCAUGAACGCAAUGCGGACCAUCUUCCUGGGGGCGAGUCUCAGUGCUGCCCAGGGCAGCCUUCAGCUCUGCCUCGUCUUAACCCCUCCGCCUCCUCACCAAACUUUUUUAAGUACCUAAAACAUAGUUCCGGUGGAGAACAAAGUGGGAAUGCUGUGCCAAAGAGGGACUUUGAAUCCAAAGCAAACCACCUGGGUGACACAGAUGGAACCCCCGUGAAGACCCGGCGGCAUUCAUGGAGACAGCAGAUAUUUCUCCGAGUGGCCACUCCACAGAAGGCUUGUGAUUCCCCAAGCAGAUAUGAAGACUAUUCAGAGCUGGGAGAGCUCCCUCCACGCUCCCCUUUGGAACCAGUGUGUGAAGACAGACCAUUUGGCCCAGUGCAGGAGGAAAAGAAGAGGAGCUCCCGGGAGCUCCGAGAACUGUGGAAAAAGGCCAUCUUGCAACAGAUCCUGCUGCUCAGGAUGGAGAAGGAGAAUCAGAAGCUACAAGCCUCUGAGAAUGAUUUGCUCAACAAACGCCUGAAGCUCGAUUAUGAAGAAAUCACUCCGUGUCUUAAAGAAGUAACUACAGUGUGGGAAAAGAUGCUUAGCACUCCGGGAAGAUCCAAAAUUAAGUUUGACAUGGAAAAAGUACACUCAGCUGUCGGACAAGGUGUGCCACGUCAUCACCGGGGUGAGAUCUGGAAGUUUCUAGCUGAGCAGUUCCACCUUAAACAUCCAUUUCCUAGUAAACAACAGCCAAAGGAUGUGCCCUACAAAGAGCUCUUGAAGAAGCUGACCUCCCAGCAGCAUGCCAUUCUCAUAGACCUCGGGCGAACAUUUCCAACACAUCCAUACUUCUCUGCCCAGCUUGGAGCAGGUCAGCUGUCACUUUACAACAUUCUGAAGGCCUACUCACUUCUGGACCAGGAAGUUGGAUACUGUCAAGGUCUCAGCUUUGUAGCAGGCAUUUUGCUUCUUCAUAUGAGUGAGGAAGAGGCAUUCAAGAUGCUCAAGUUCCUGAUGUUUGACAUGGGUCUGCGGAAACAGUAUCGGCCGGACAUGAUUAUUUUACAGAUCCAGAUGUACCAGUUGUCACGGCUCCUCCAUGAUUACCACAGAGACCUCUACAACCACCUGGAAGAGCACGAGAUUGGCCCCAGCCUCUACGCAGCUCCCUGGUUUCUCACCGUCUUCGCCUCCCAGUUCCCACUUGGCUUUGUAGCCAGAGUCUUUGAUAUGAUCUUCCUUCAGGGAUCAGAGGUCAUAUUUAAAGUAGCUUUAAGUCUUUUGGGGAGCCAUAAGCCCUUGAUUCUGCAGCAUGAGAACCUGGAAACCAUAGUGGACUUCAUAAAGAACACACUCCCCAACCUGGGCUUGGUGCAGAUGGAGAAGACCAUCAGUCAGGUGUUUGAGAUGGACAUCGCCAAACAGCUUCAAGCCUAUGAGGUUGAGUACCAUGUGCUCCAAGAAGAACUUAUUGAUUCCUCUCCUCUCAGUGACAACCAAAGAAUGGAUAAAUUGGAGAAAACCAACAGCAGCUUGCGCAAACAGAACCUUGACCUCCUGGAACAAUUGCAGGUGGCAAAUGCUAGGAUCCAAAGCCUUGAAGCCACAGUGGAGAAGCUUCUGACCAGCGAGAGUAAGCUGAAGCAGGCUGCGCUGACACUGGAGGUGGAGCGCUCCGCCCUGCUGCAGAUGGUGGAGGAGCUGCGGAGGCAAGGUGCCCAGCCCAGCACUCCAGAGCCAGACUGCACCCUGCUGGAACCUACAGGUGACUGACAGCUGCCAGGAGAGACUGCACACCACUAACACUGUCCAGGCCUUUAAUCAAGAGAGACGGAAGGCAGAGGCAGAGAAGAGAGAACUUCUCAGGGAGGAAACUGGCUGACCAGCCUGUAGAUUCUUUUGAGCUCAGACUUGGAAUUGGAGGACAAAAGUCUCAGUUAUUGUUGUUUUUGGUUCUAAUUCGUCCCCUUUCCAGUCCUGGUUGUUGUAGCUUUAGAUGGCAUGGACAUGAAUAAAUUACAUUUAUGGUUCCUCCUCCUGCAGAGACACAUUGUGUGAAAAGAGUAUUCAUGACAGCGGUGUUUCAGAAGCAAGAAGGCCUUGAAAUAAUUCCCUCAGGCACAAGUGUGACCCUUUGUCAGUCUGCAAGAAGGGUUCCUGUGACCAUGCCCUUGGUGUCACCAUGAGGUGCAGUGGGCCCUUGUCCAUUUUUAUUAUGGAAACUUGAGGUGACCAUGGGGAAGUAAGAAGGGGCUUAUUUAAAUUGGGCGUAUCGGUCGUUCCUGACCCCACAGUCAUUCCUGGUGGUACUGAGGAAGUUUAUCUUUCACAAACACAGUGUUUUACUAUGUUUUUGCUUACCCUUUCAAGUCAUAUUAAGUAAAUGUUUCAUAAGGAAAUCACAGUUUUUAGAUUCCCUGUUAUUGCUAGUGUGCAACCUGCAGCUGUGGGGUCUGACAUAUUUAUUUCUUUGUGAUUGUUUCAUAUCCACACUAUAGGGUCACGUAUUUAUUUUUGUCUGUUGAUAAAUGAUGUACCACAGCCACGUCUUCCCUUGAGCCUUGACCCCUUGGAAAUCUGAUUCCUCAUAGAAGGAACAAAACAUACCAAGAUUUCAAGGGGCUCCUAAGAUUCUGAAACACUGUAAAAGAAACCAGGCUGAAAUUGCAAUCAGAUGUAUGGCAGCUGACAGCUUUUUGGAGGUGGACGUGUGUUUUGAAAAGUAUUCAAACACAAGCACUCCUUCCUUGGGAUGGCGGGGACCCUGUGCCUUCAAGCAGAGUGCAGCUCACAGUCACCCUGCUUCCAGCUGGUCCUGUGUAGAGCAUCACCCAAUGUGUACAACAAACUUUUUUUUUUUAAACAUACAAACAAAGGCUUAGGGACGAAUCACCAGCACAGGGCCUCCUGAAUACUGGAAUUGGUCCUGCCCUGUGCUCUCCUGGCCGCCUGUUCAUGGAGGUCUGUCUGUUGGAGCUCUCUUGUAGCAAAGGAGCUUGUAAGCCUGGGGUGUAAGGAGAGACCACCACCGCUGGUGUCAUUUGGGAUCUCCUAGCCCUUUCGAAGGGACACCAAAUGGCCAGGGGGGAUGUAAGACUCCCUCAUGGUCUCAGGUCAAAGAAGAGUUCUCUCCAUAAGCCAGCAUGACCAGUCCCAGUUGGGUCUAGCAGGGGUGGUUGGAGGGGGCUAACCGUGAACAGCUUCUUUCCACAUUGUAUUUUAUUAUUUGAAUGUUUUAAUGUUGAAUUUUGGACAUGUUAUUACUGUUCAAAAAUACUGACUCUACAAUAAGAAAAGAGCAAUAAAACAGAUAAUUCACA